GAGUGUCAUCCGCGCUCCAGAGAUCAUGGCGGCCGGAACGCACUCCCCCGGGGGACCCAAUGGGAUCAUCCGGAGCCAGUCCUUCGCCGGCUUCAGCACGCUGCAGGAGAGGAUGUCCAGGUGUAACUCGUUCAUGGGGAACUCUGCGGUGCAGAAGAAGCCCACGUCCAAGAAGCCCCAUCUGUCAGGGCACAAGGCCAGCAGCGGCUCCCGGGAGCCCAAGCCCGAGAGGGUGGAGGAGGUGUAUGGGGCCCUAAAACAAGGCUUGGAUGAGUAUCUGGAGGUGCACCAGACAGGGCUGGACAAACUCACCUCUCUGAUGAAGGAUAUGAAGAACUCCAGACUGGGAGUCUGGUAUGACCUUGACAAGCAAAUCAAAACCAUCGAGAGGUACAUGAGGCGGUUGGAGUUUCAUAUGAGCAAGGUGGAUGAGCUGUAUGAGGCGUUCUGUAUCCAGCGCAGGCUGAGGGASGGAGCCAGUAAGAUGAAYCAGGCCUUCUCUGCAUCUCCCUCCACCAAGGCCACCAGAGAGAGCAUGUCAGAGGUCAACCGCAGAUACAAGGAGUACACAGAGAAUAUGAGCACGUUAGAGGGGGAGCUGGAGAACAUGCUGGGGGAGUUCCAUAUCAAAAUGAAAGGUCUAGCUGGCUUUGCUCGUCUCUGUCCAGGAGACCAGUAUGAGAUCUUUAUGCGGUAUGGGCGUCAGCGCUGGAAGCUGAAGGGGAAGAUAGAGGUGAACUCCAGACAGAGUUGGGACGGAGAGGAGAUGGUCUUCAUGCCCCUCAUCACAGACCUCAUCAACAUCAAGGUGACGGAGCUGAAGGGCCUGGCCACUCACAUCCUGGUGGGCAGUGUGAUCUGUGAGACCAAGGAUCUGUUCACGGCCAUGCCUCAGGUGGUGGCUGUAGACGUUAAUGACCUGGGAACCAUCAAACUCAACCUGGAGGUCACAUGGUUUCCGUUCGAUGUGGAAGACCUGACCCUGUCUUCAGGGAACGUGAGCAAGGCCACCGCCCUACAGAGACGGGUGUCUGUCUACAGCCAGGGCACGCCAGAGACACCCACCUUCCAGGACCASUCCUUCUUUAAGUGGCACCCCUCCCCGACCCAGCAUCGUCCCUGCCUGACCCAGCAUCGCCUGUCCCCGACCCAGCAUCGCCUGUCACCGACCCAGCAUCGCCUGUCCUUCCUCCACGGUCUGAGGAACUCCCUGUUAGAGAAGCUGAGACGCAGUCGCUCGUUUGGCGACCUGGUCUCCCUCCGCCCCAGGCCCAAGUCCAGCCUGGAGGGUUAUGUGACUGAGUCCACCCUCCCUGAUGACGUCUUUGAGAACGGUGGGUGUGGUAACGCCGAGUGCAAGCGCCUCUCCUUCACCUUCUCCGAUACUUCAGUCUCCUCCCCCAGCCUCGCCCCCGGCCAGUCCAACCCCGAAAUCACCAUAACGCCCCCUGAGACCUGCCCCCAGCCCCAAAUCCCCAACGUUGAAGUCACCGUUCGAAUACAUGCAGACGUAGUGGAAGAGGCAGAGGAAGGUGAGGAGGAAGAGGAGAGUCGCGGUAGCAGCGGCAGCGUGAGUACCAGCCUGGUCAGUGAGGAGGCGGAGUCAGAGUGGGAGAGGGCGGAGUCCCAGUCUAACGGAGGAUCCGUCUCUCUCUGCUCGGAGAGGCAGUUAUCUGCGGUCGGUCCCGGGGGUGUGGUUCCGGACCACGCUGGGCCGGACAGCGAUGGAGAUGAAGAUGACAGCUCGGAGCUGCUGAAGCCCGUAGAACUUGACACUGAAGAACCAGGCAGUUUGACCAGGCAACUGGUGAGGAGGCUGACAUCGUCUGACAUUCUGCCCGAGGCGGGGGUUCUGAGCUGGGCUGGGGAGGGGAGCAGGGCCUUCCUGGAGAGCAGCCUGGAAGAAACCCUGCAGAGUCUGCUACUGAGGCUAGAGUCACUGGGACAACGCUGUAGAGAGCUACAGGACCUGGAACAGGAAGUGAUGCGCCUGGAGGACCUACUCAAGUGCCGUCUCCCGGGCCACCGGAGCAGGUCGUCCAGCCUCAGCCUGAUGGUUGAGAGCGCCCUGGAGAGCUUCGACUUCCUCAACACCUCCGACUUUGACGACGAUGACACGGGUGAUGACCACGCCCUCCAGCGCUCCGUGUUCUUUGACAUGGAGGCGGAGAGCAUCGAACCUGGAGGCCCGCACCCAGAGGCCAGGGGUCACCUGAGUGAAGCCCUGACGGAGGACACCGGGGUGGGCAACAGUGUGGCCGGCAGCCCCCUGCCUCUCACCACCGGCAACGAGAACCUGGACGUGGCCAUCGUCAUUCACCUGCAGUACUGCGACCAUCUCAUCCAGCUCCUGUCCAGUGGGGGGAGCCCUUGGCAGCGUCGAGCCCAGCUCCAGAAGCUCUCAGCUCAGACUCAGCUGUUAGAGGAACUGGGAGAGAUCAGCACAGAACGCCUGGGGAGCAUCACCUCUGCUGCUGACGUGCUCCCAGGGCUGGCGGAGCGGCCUGCUCGGAUGGCUCUGUGGUCGGAGUGUAGUGGUUCUGGUGCACUGUUCCACGCUACGCUGGACCGGGUGCUCAAYCACAUGCACCACUGCUACACUGGCCCACUGCAGGAGAGACACCCACACACCGCAGCUGACACAGUGAUCCGGCUGGUGGUGAGUGAGAUGGUGGACAGGAGUGAUCUGGCCUCCUCCCCUACCUGCCACCCCCCUUCGGCCCUGUCCCAGGACUUGGUCUCCCCUUCGGCCCUGUCCCAGGACGUGGUCCCCCCUUCGGCCCUGUCCCAGGACGUGGUCCCCCCUUCGGCCCUGUCCCAGGACGUGGUCUCCCCUUCGGCCCUGUCCCAGGACGUGGUCACAGUGUUUCAGUUCCACAGCUACGUCUCAGAGCACAGCGUGGAGGACAUGGAGGAACACCUAUUGCAGGUGGCCAGAGAAGCUGUGUUUGCGGAGGGCCUGAGUGGUGGCGACUCAGAGCGUUGUCUAAAGGAACUAGAAGAGGUCUCACACACCGGCCUGUGUCCCCGGCAGCAGACCCUCAGGGCCCUGGCUUCCCUCCUCUCCCACCAAGACRCCCAGCUCAGCGAGGCUGCAGCUGCCUACAUAACCUCCGCUUCCUCACACACACCCUUCAGGUCAAAGGCGGUGGAUUGCUACACACAGGCCUUGUGGGAGUCUGGAGUUCAAACCCAAAGGUCUGCCUGUGCUGCUCUUAGCUGUCUACAGGCAGUAGAGAGCCUCCGGGCGGUGGUAUCACUGUGUGACUCGGCAGACGAGGAGCUUCGCCAUGUUGCCAUAGAAACCCUGCUCACUUUCGGUGAGGAGGGUCGUCUGGCAUAUGAGCAGCUGGACACGAUGCCCAGAGAGAUGGUACGACUGGGGACGCGGCGAGGGAACGCCGUCACCACCGCCUUCUGAAAGCACAGGACUAACUAACUUAACCUAGGAGCAUCACAUCCACAGGAGGGGGACGACCCCCCCUAGAACAACCCCCCUACCCGCUGUGCCUGUGCUUUGAGCCAUGCAGACUGGACAUGCGUUUAAAUGGACACAGCUAGGGGGAGUGGCCGCAUCGACGCAGAGGAGUCCAACUAAACAUCGAAGGGCCACGUCUCAUUCUUAUCAACAGACUGGUGUAAAUCCUAACUGUCCAUUCUCUGACCACCACUAUUAAACCAUCUCUCACUGCACAGACAGAGCAUCUUCACCAUCAUAACUUAUGAUUAUCAUGAUUAUUAUCACGGCUGUGUUUGAUUUAUGAUAUCCUUAUAUAACUGCUAUUCAUUUGUUUUAGUAGGUGACGUUCAUUAGACAAAAGGUUAUUUGCGCUUUUCGAAUUGCACUGUGGCAGACAUGUAAAUGUCAUAGCAUUAUACUCUGAACUGGAUGGAUUUGGUCUUUUGUUCUUCUGGUAUUUACUGUUGAGAUUCAGGGAUUUUACAGACAGUUUGAACACUUUCUGCCAGAGGGUGCCAUGGAAGAUCAUUUAGGGGACAAUGACAGUCAAAUCGCUCGGAAGGAGGUAGUUAAAAGCAACGUUCGCAAGUCAUCAGCAUGCAUACUAUCCCUAGAUAGUAGGUACCUGUAAGCAAUGUUCUCACUCCAACAUGCACAACAUGAAGAGAGAGUCAUACUUGGACUGCCUUUCAAACUAUUCUAAGUUCUCUACAUGCCUGGGAUCUACAUUGUUUGAACGUCUGCUUGCUGGGAACUGAUGUGAGAUCUGAUCAUGAUUUGUUUAAUUGGAAGCAGGUACGAAUGGUCUCGAGGAGUGAGUGUGAGUCAGGGAUAGUUAGUAUGACAUGAGAAUGCACUUUCUCCAUAACUGUACAGUGCAGAACCAAGGGCCUGUCUAAGGGCGUGAUGCUUCAAAUCGGCAAGGACUGAGGCUAUAGCGCUCCGCCUAGCUUUUUAUGCCAGUUGUUUCUAUACUACUGAGUCCGGUGCUUCUUCAGCAUAACAAAGUGUUUUACUUAAUUUAUUUACAUCACAUUUGUGAUUCUAAUAUUAUUUAAUUUUAAUUUACUUUUGAGUAAGAGGGCAGCAUGCAGAUACUAUUUCACAUGUAAAAGUUGUAUAUUUGGUGUUUUUUUUGCUCAUGUUUGAUUUUUUAAAAGUUUAAUUAAAAAAAGAACUCAUUAACAUGGGCAUGAUCUUGCUUACAUAAAAACGUUACUGGAAAUAUAAUUUUUUUUUCACUCUUUUAAAUGUAUUUGUACAUUAAGAUGGAUGGCUGAUAUUAUUUGGAGGAUUUACGAAUAUAAUCAGAUAGCGUGUCGCCCCCCUCCCCAAAUGAAUGGGACAGUAAAGAAGAAAUGUUACUUCAUUACGCAAGGAAAGCCUGAAAAUGAAAAGUCAAUGUAUUCUGAAGAUAACUUUAACUGGGUUUCUGUACAGCACUGUGAGAUAUCAGCUGAUGUAAGGUCUAUAUAAAUACAUUUGAUUUGAUUUAACCACUACACCCAGGCUCACCUACAAAGAACAACCAUCAGAAUUAUCAUCUUAAUCCUGUGACAUUAGUUCGGCUUCCAACCGCACUGUCCAAAAGCCAUUACGAUACGAAAAGGUGUGUUUUAGGCGGUAAUAUGUGAAAUAAUAUUUGUUCUUUUGUAUAUUAAAGCUGUAAAACGUGUGAAAGUUGUUACUAAAACUGAAGAUGGCUUUGAGUUUGGCCUGGUGUAUGUUGAUCAUGGUCUUUAUUUUGAGUAACAAUGCCUGUUUCUCCCAUGACGUGAAUAGCAUUACAGUAUUUGGGUAUGAUACUCGUUACUUCAAUAACUCCUCUAAUAAUAUAUAUUUUUUCUCCACGAUGCAGCGGUCUCCAUCUUUCUUUGUGCUAAAAGUAACCAGUGAUGAAUUAAUGUUGCUUCUAUUCAACUCCCAAGUCAUCAGACAGAAUAAUGAAACGUUAUGACAUUGAUCAUAUUUCAUGUAAGUACACUGCAUUAUGUCUUCACAUAUGGUGAAUCAGAAAGCACACAGUAAGGACAUGUUACAUAGCUUCAGUACUGACUGCAUUCAAUUCUACAUCCAUUUCCCCUGCUCAAUGAAAGUGGCAAUAAAGUUUAUUUUUGCAUUAUGAAUAAUAUGUUGGCCGAUUGU